AUGGACAGUCGGGCAGCAAAACUGGCCUUGGCACGUAAAAAGUUGAAAGACCAUCAAGAAAAAAAAACUAUUCAGAAGGAUGACAGUAUUAAAUCAGAAAUAGGGAUAUAUCAAGAUAACUUAAUCAAUGCAGUUCAGGCAUCAAAUUCUAAAAACUCAGAGGAGUUUCUAAUCACUGCAGAUAAGCAUCAAGAGGCAGCAACCCUGCCUGUUGAAGAUUCAACUACAGAGAGCAAUAAAACAGGGGACAACAUGAAAACUGGGUUAACUAAUGAUAAACAAAUAAAUACAACUGAAGAUAUACAGACAUUUCCAGGUGAUGUUAAUGUCACUGAGAUACUAAUAUCUAAUAAAAGAAAUCUGGAAUUGCAAGUAUAUGAGUUACAAAAGAAGCUAAGCCAUCUUGAACAGAACCAUGCCAUAGUAAUCAAUGAUUUUAAAAUAUGUGAUCAUAAAUUAAAUGGACUACAAUAUGAACUGAAAGAUAUAAAUGAAAAGUAUUUAAAUGCUAUGCAAGAAAUAUUACUCAAAGAUACAAAUAUAAGUCAACUAAAUUCUAUUAACACAUCACUAUCAGAAGAAAAUAGUAACUUACUAGAACAGCUGGAAUUUACAAGAACUAUCUUAAAUGGUAAAGAAGCUGAAAAUGAUUUACUUCAAAGUCAACUGCAUAAUCUUCAAAAUCAAUAUGAUGUAAUACAUCUUCAGAUGCAACAGUUAACCAAUGGUUCACCUUCAGUUCCACCAAAAGAAAAAACUGUUGAAAAUGAAAAAAAUGAAGCUAUGUCACAGAAAAUAUGCAAUUUAGAGCAACAAAUUACUUUGAUGCAAAAAGAGAGAGAUCAAAUGAAUUUACAUUACGAACAUUAUGUUGCUGAAUUAAAUGACCAGUUAAAAUUAGCAAUCAAAAGAAAUGAAGAGCUGAACAAAGAAGUUCAAAAUUUAUCAAAUAGAGAAAAUAGUCUCAUUGAACAAAUAAGUGAUAUGGAAAUAAGAAUUCAAAAUUACAACAUUGAUAAGAAACACUUGGAAAUGGAUCAGAAUGCCAGCAAUAUUAAGGUUUUACAAGACAACUUAAAACAUGUGCAGGAGGAGUUAAAUGAGUUACAACAUCAACAUCAGCAGCUAAAAAUGCUUUAUGCUGAAAGUGAAACAAAAGUUAAAGAAUUAUCAGAAUUAAAAACAGCUGAAUGUAAUCAUGACAAUAUAAGUAUAUCUAAAUUAAGUGCAGACAUGACCAGUGACAAAGUUGCCGCUCAGAGAGCUACUGAGCAAAAUAAAAAAUUAAAGCAAGAUAUGCAAGGGUUGGAAGAUGCAUUUGUGAAAAUGAGUAAGGAUAAGUUAGAGUUAACAGAAAAACUAACAGCUGAAAAGUAUUUAAAUAGAGAGUUAACCAUUAAAUUAGCUGAAGUUGAGGAAAAGGUGAAGGAUAUGCAAAUUAAAUUAAAAGCCAAAGAUGAAGAGAUGAUUAGAUUACAAUCUAACUACAGAGAUGUUCUGAAACAAAGUGAAGAGUUAAAAGACUUAGUAAACAAUACCAAAAGCACUGAAAUUCUGCAAGGAGCUGUGAAUAUAAUAGAAGAAACAUCUGAAAAUAAUAAUAUUAUAAAAUUAGAAAACGAAUCAGAGGCUGAACAUAAACCUUUAACUAAAGUAAAUGACAGAAACAAGUUUUGCCUUAAAACAGGAGAUGCUAUGUCUCAACUUCAGGAACGUUUUUUGAAAAUAAUGGAAGAAGUAGCUGACCUGUCAGAUGAAAAACAUAGACUUGAACACAUAAUACUACAAUUACAAAAUGAAACCGAUACUAUUUGUGAAUACGUGGCUUUGUAUCAGCAGCAGCGUAGCCUACUUAAACGAAGAGACGAAGAACGAAGUGCUCAAUUGAAAGUAUUCCAACAGGAAUGUGGUAGACUUAAGUGUGAGUUAGAAGAACUUAGUGGAAUACUUUCACGAUUUGCUGAAGACCGAGAAUUGCUAUCUUACUUUCAAAUUGAAUCCAAACGUAUUGACAUGGAAAAAGUAAUGGUCUUACUAACAAAUUUAAGAAAUAACUCACUUAUUGAUCCAAAAAAAAAGAAUCUUGAAUUCAGUAACUUCUAUCCAUGUAACUGUUGUUCUGGUAAGUUGAUAGAGGUCUAA